AUGUCCUCUCCCGCCAGAUUUCUCCCCCGCCUACGGCCUCUCGUGCCACGCGUUAGCCGCAUGCCUCGCAAUGCCUUCAUCACCAGCCAGUCGCAAACUGGCCCUGCUCCGAUCGAGCCCUCCAAGACCCAAGCACACCCGCUGGGCGCAUACUACGAGGCGAUCCUUAACGACCCCCAACCGAUUCCCGAUGUGAAGCCAGAGGAGCCCCCCUCCUCCUCCGUCCACAAGCAGGAGCAUGGCCGUAAGACGUCGCCUCCCUCCCCAGACCCAACCCCGGAACCCGUUGCUGAAGCUCAAUCCGCACAGCCGGUGCCGAUGCCGCCGCCUAAAACCGCGGCUGAGAAAGCCGCCAUCAUAUUCGGCUCACCCCUUGCCGGUCCUGCCGCGCGCGCGCAGCGUCUCAAGGAGCUGCGCCAGAAGGGCAACAUAAUAGCCGGCAUCCUUGUGCCUCCGCGGCCCGAGGAGCCGGAUCACUGUUGCAUGAGCGGGUGCGUCAACUGCGUGUGGGAACAGUACAGGGAGGAGAUGGAAGAGUGGUCGGCAGCAAACGCCGAGGCACAACUGAAGUUACGGCAACAAAAGGGUGCGAGCGAUUCAAUUACCAUGGACGACGACGGCGGCGGUUCCGAGACCAACUGGGUGCCCAAAGACCCCAAGAUCGCCAAGAACAUGUGGGAUGAGAAGCUAUAUAACGAUGUCCCUGUCGGCAUUCGCGAAUUCAUGAAGACGGAGAAGAAGCUGAAGGAAACACACCAAAAAGAGGGAACGCAGGGCGGUUGA